CGUUACUCAAGCGAUGAGAGUUCAAAUGGAGACAUGAAAAGAUUCUCAUAUCCACGAAUUCGUUGUCUGUUAUAUCAAAAUUCUUGACUCAAAGAUGGUAUGUCAGUUAUUAUUAACUAUUUUAUUUCAAUUAUUCAUGUAGUACAUAGAAAUCUGUGAAUACAGAAAAUCCUUGCUAAUUCCUAACCUAAUAUAUUCAAUUCUUAACCUAAUAUAUUCAAUUCUUAUUUGUUAAAUCUUAAAUUCUGAAUUCUCAGGAUAAUAAGAUUAUUCUCACUAUUUUUUAUAUUUUCCAGAUAACUUUUUCUAAUAAUCUUUUGUCUAAUAAUCUUUUUAAUGUUCUGAAGCAAUUUUCUUGAAAUUUGGAUAAUCUAAAAUUGCAUUUUCAAUUGAACGCUUAAUCCUAACUUCUUUAACUGACUAAUUUUAACUUUUAAGAAUUGAAAAAAAAUUCAAACUUUACAUUUAAUUUAAAUGUUAAAAAAAUUUGAAAAAUCUCAAUAUUAUUUUCAAUACUUUCGAUCUAUUGCAGAUUCAAGGUAAAUUUAUAUUCGGAGAACGGCUUUCCCUAGUAUCCUUGACUUUUUAAUUCACAUUGCACUUGUAUUCGUACCUCGUUUAUUUUCUUCACAUUGAAUGUGAUGCUAGUUACAGAGUCUUAACGAAUCAACUUUUGAAUUAUCAGAAACGUGAUUCAACAACAUCCUACCAUCUAGCAAAUGCAUAUUCAUACAAUUACAAAGUUUAUUUUUACCAAAUGAUAAGUAGAAACAGAAAUUUUUUAACCGAUAAUAUAACAAAAAUGAUUUUCUCUGAUAUUGAUUAUUUUAUUGUAUUUUUCAAUUUGUUUCAUAAGAUAAAUUUAUUGGAAGGUUGUAACAUGUUAAACCCUUUCACUUUAAUUCUAACUUAACCUUUUUAGUUGUAUAUAACUUUGUUAUAUAUAACCUUUUUAAUGUACAAAUUAAAAUGUAGGCUUGAUAUAAAUGAUUAUAUAUUGAUUAUUAUUAUUAUAUAUUAUAUUAAAUUUAUUAUAAAUUGAAUGCAUGAUAUUCUUGUAAUAAUAUAUCUGAAAUUUUAGAAGAAAUAUUUAUUUGAGUUUUCUCGGUUAAAAGUAGCCAAUAAAAAAUCAAGGUUUUAAGUGAAAGGUAUUUUUCAAGAAUGAAACAAGGUUUAAAUUGAUUAGCUAUAUAUGUAAUCAUUAUAUUCUCAUAAUUAUCAAUGAUAAUUUUUCAUCUCGAUAUUUAUUACAUAUAUUUGAUAAAUCUCAUUAUAAAUAUUUUAAAGAAUGUCACGACUCAGGUUGCGAACCACUGUUAUUAAAAAUGUUAUAAAAAGAAGAAACAAAAUUCAUAUUUAUAUAUAUAUAUAUAACAUAAUCGAUUAGAAAUUAGGCAAGUUUCCUUUUGUUUGCAUCUUGAAAAUAUUCUGCUUCAAAUAUUCUCUAGAAAAUUUUUUGCCUAUUACAAAUUCAUUUACAAACGAAAAUUUCUUUAUGUCUUCUAAUAAGCAUAAGCGAUAAAGGACGAUGAGCGUAUGAAAAUAUUUACGCAAUAUCAUAUUACCAUUUGCUACUGAUACGUCAUAGACAGCAACGGAUCGUUUUACUUCGAAUUAAAGUCUUGCUGAUUUUCUUUCGUAGAACAUUAGUUUAGUUUCUUAGUGCAACGAUAGAUUCUUAGUAACCGGAACUCGUGUCUUGUCUUUGAAAGACUUUUACGAGAUACCGUAAACAUGUGCGUAACAUGUGUCACCAUCAUUUUUACACGAGUGAGUAUUUGUAGUAGGUAUAAAUUAAGUCGAUCACAAAUCUAACAUCCUAAUUUUCAAAUAUUUAGAAGAAUGAAGUAGCUUUCAUUAUUUUAUUGAAAUUAUAAUUUAUUAUAAUUUUCAGAAAAUGAUAUCUGAUAAUUAUUUACAUUUAUUAUGUGUUAUAUAUUUUUUCUAAGAAAAAAUAUGUUAAAAUUUUCUUAACCUUAAAAUAUUGUUUCCUUAAAUCGUUUUAUCUUUAGAAAAAAUUUAUGUCAAUGGCAAUGAACAACAGCUUAUGUAAAAAUAUCAUACUAAAAAUUCUUUGUUUUUCGAAAUCUUUGUACAGUAAACUGAUAUUGAAAAUUAUGACGCAAUAAAUUUACAUAAAUAUUUAUGUUCAUUUAACUAUGUAGAGUUAAAAAUAUAUGAAUUUUAAUAUUAAAAAUAUUAAUUUUUAUGAGUAGUUAUAUUAUGAAUUACGAUAAGCAGUUAUUUCAAUUUUAUAUAAUCAUUAUAAACUUAUACAGUUGUACAUUAUAAAAAUAUCGUUUUAAAUAAUAAAAUUUGCUGAAUUUUAAAUAAAAAAAUUAGGAACAAGGAAACUAAACAAUUUUUCUAUAGAUAAAAAGAAAAAUAUAUAUAUAUAUAAUUAUAAAGAAAUUUAUUAAGAAAUAAGUAUCACUUAUAAAUGUAAAGAUAAAAAUGUCAAAGAAAAAACAAAAAAUUCAAACUAAUGGAAAAAUUAUAUAAGUUUCAAGGUUUCUACUUCAGUAUUCAACUAAAUAUUACAAAAAUAAAAUUUAAAUACAUAAAAAAAAAUUACCAAACAAAUUUUUUUUUUUAAAUUUUUAUUAUUUUUGCUGCAAUUUGAUAUAUAUCUCAAUAUUUGACAUAAUUUUAAACAAUAUGACGCUGAAUACAAGGAUAUUGGUAUUUUCGUAGGGUAAAAUGCAGUUCUUUCAGGAACCGUGCAUCUGGUCACGUACAAAUUGCAGCAACCCUUUGUUAAACGACAGAAUAAAGACAUAAAACGAGAGGAGGAAGAAGCGACUGUACAAAAUUGCUGAUAUUGAUUGCAAUAUCUUAUUAUAUUGCCUUAUGCAAUUUCGUAUGCAAAUUUUUAUAUAUUAUUAUUAUUUUUAUAUAUAAAGUGAAUUUUUAUACUUUAUUAAAUAUAAUAAUCCAAUUUUUUUAUUCAUUUAAAUUUUUUAAUUCUAUUGUCUUACUUUUCAUUUAGAAAGUAGUACAAUCUAUUACCAGUUAUAAUUUGCAAAUAUCAUCUAAUGAUACUAAUAGUAUUAACAUAAAUAAUAGAAAUUUGUUAUGUUUUAGUUAUCUAUUACAUAUUAAAAAUAUUAUAUUAAAAAUAAAAAAAAUAAAAAUUAUUUAUUCAGAAUUUCAACGUGCAAUAUCUUUUUUAUUUAAUUUACGAAUAUUAAUAAUAUAAGAUAAACAUGUUUUAUUUUAUGAUUUGUUUACACUUUAAAUCGAAGAAAUAAUGAAAGAAAUGAAAACAUAUUUAUUGGAAAUAUGAAACUCUCUAUAACUUUCUUCUUUCUUUAAUAUAUAUAUAUAUAUAUAUACAUAUAUAUAUAUAUAUAUAUACAUAUACAUUAUAAUUGAUAUAUAUUCAUUAAUUUUAUAUAUAAAAUAAUUCUAAACACGAUGUUAUCAUUCAGAAUACAAAUUUUAUUCGUAUAAAUCCUGCAUAUGAUCCUUCUGUCGACCUCAGUGUUCAAUUGAAUUUAACGAUCGAAUUAAACCGAUUUACUUUCAUUAUGAUAUUCGAGGCGAAGAAGAGACUGGCCAGAAUAGAAAAGAAAGAGAAACAUGCAAGCAAAUAACGGUAAUGGAAGACUCAAGUUUUAAAUCACCAUAAAUUUUGAAAUAGAAUAUUAUCGGAAGAAAGAAAAAAUUUUUAUAAUUAUACGUUAUAAAUAUAUGAAAUUUUUCUUAUUAUAAUUCAUAUUUUUUGAAUAUUAAAUAGAAAUAUUUUGUUAUAUGCUAUUUUCGUAUGCUCGAAAUUCGAAAUAAUCUUUACUAUCUAUUAUUUUCAUAAUAAAUAAAAUUAAACAGGAAAAAAAGAAAUAAAAAAUAAAAAUAAAAUAUGUUAUAAUCUUUUUUAUAAGUUUUUUUUUUUAUAUUUCUUAAUUUUAAAUAUAUACGUUCUAAACAUACAAAAUAAAUUAUUAAAAAAUAGAAAGAACCGAAUGUACAACAGUAGCCCUCAUCGUUGAACGCAGGAGCAUACACUAUGGAAACAGGGUAUACAAUAUAUUGUAGUAUAUAAAGGGGGGAGUUUGAAGCAGCCGUCGGUCCCCCACCGUUUCGAUCCCCACCUCCUGGGCCCUCUCCUACUCGUUUCUACUCCGGCAGUCCCCCUAGCAGAUCGAAAGAGUUUCCCUCUCGCCCCUCUGCUGAACAACAAGCCACUGACUUCUCGUCAGUCGACGUUGAAGACUGCUACGUACAUACGUGUAUAUGCUCGACACAAUUCGGUGUUGGCUACUCGCAACCCGUUCAUCGCACGAUCUAUCUGCACGAUAUAUUGAGAGAAAAAGUUCUGCGCGAAGAGGAGAGAGAGAGAGAGAAAGAGAAGGAGAAAGAGGGGGUUCGUGGCACGCCGAGAGAGUUCAAGGUGUUGCACAACUUUGCGUCAGGCUGUGUUUCUCUCUGAGAAAUCCUCGACUGACGGAAAAAAAAGCAGGAUUGAUAGUGAGUGUCGUAGCUUUGACACGAAGCGAAAAUUCAAUCGGUUUGGUGGCGUGACAUAGCGCGAUUACACGGAAAUCAAGAAAACUAGACAAAACGAACGCGCGUCUCGAUUACAUGUAGCUCUACCUAACAAGGAACCACAGAGAUCACGUGGAAAAAGACAUACGAUCGAUCCAGAAAACACUGUUUGCUUCCCGUAGCACGCACGGUUAUUUGUUUACCACGACUCACCUGAACAUUUUCUGAACGUGUUUAACGCCUUCGAACCGAUUGAUUGGCAGCAAAAAAUGUUGACAGGACACGUUUGUUUCGUUAACGCAUUCCAGAAUUAAAUUCUUGCCAGAAGAUAACCGUGUGCGUGUGUAAAGUCUAAAGUGGCCGUUCGCGAUCUUGUUCAACGUGGUUCGGUGACCGAUCGCGUGUGCGCGCGCGCGCACUCUCUUCGGUCCGAAGAAAGAACAAGAAGCAGUGGUGGAGUAGGGCAGAAGAAAAGGAAGAAGGACGCCAAAGGAGAAGGAGAACCGGGAGAAAAGGAAAAGAGGGAGGCACGCCGCGUGGACACAGCCGUACGAUCGUGUGUCUGUUUCGUUUCGUUUUACCGCUUUUCGAGUCUGAGCGUGGUAGAUGAAGACUCGGGAAAGUUUCAGUUAAUAUCUGAUUUUUCCGAUACGUGCUUCUCUUGUUUUUUUCUCUUUUGUUUUUUUUUCGUUCGUGAACGAUUUUACCACGUGGGGAUAAUCGUGCGAAGGAGAAGAAAACAUACGAGGAUUGUAAACAACCUAACGCGUCGUUUGAUUAAAGAAAACAAUCAUGUAUAAACUACUAGGAGGUCUUGGACAAUACUUGAAAUGGCAGGAAAUCACAACAGAUUCUAUGGUGUUUCGGUUACACAACCACUUUACAACGGUGCUACUUUUCACGUGUUCGAUGGUAAUCACGGCCACCCAAUACGUAGGCAAUCCGAUCUCCUGCAUCGUUCAGGGUUUACCCACGCACCCUAUCAACACUUAUUGCUGGAUAACUUCUACAUUUACUAUGCCGGACGCAUUUAAUCGGCAGGUUGGUCUAGAGGUGGCGCAUCCAGGAGUAGCGAACGACUUCGGCGAUGUAGAUGCGAGGAAAUAUUAUACUUAUUACCAAUGGGUGUGCUUUGUGUUAUUCUUCCAGGCGGUACUAUGCUACGUUCCACAAUGGUUGUGGAAUAUGUGGGAGGGCGGUUUGAUCAACGCACUGGUUAUGGGUAUGAAUCACGGUCUCGAUCACGAAGAUAAUAUUCAAAAAAAGAAAUCUAUGCUUAUGGUUUAUUUAAUGCAAUAUAGAAAGACCCACAACACGUAUGUGUACCGGUAUUUCGCCUGCGAGGCCCUCUGUCUUGUCAAUAUUUUCCUUCAACUGUACCUGAUGAAUCGGUUCUUCGACGGCGAAUUCCUCAGCUAUGGACUGCGAGUUUUACAAUUAUCCGACGUUCCACAGGAGGAACGCGUAGAUCCUAUGGUCUACGUUUUUCCACGCGUUACCAAAUGCAUUUUCCACAAGUAUGGCGCAUCAGGAACCAUACAGAAGCACGACUCUCUGUGUAUCCUACCGUUGAACAUCGUAAACGAAAAAACGUAUAUUUUCAUCUGGUUCUGGUAUACUAUUCUAUCGAUUUUGUUGAUCGGCUUGAUGGUCUACAGAGCCGCCAUAAUCUUCGCCCCAGCCGUCAGACCAAGAUUGCUUCAUCUGUCAUCACGACUUCUCUCCAUAGAAACCUGCAACAGUAUCAGCAAGAAGAUCGACCUUGGCGAUUGGUGGCUUCUCUACAUCCUCUCUUCCAACAUGGACUCGUUGAUUUACAGGGAUUUUUUGCAAGAACUUACUAAAAAAAUGAGCGAUUCACAUUCAGUCGUUGCCUAGGUUACAUCUUGCUAUUUUACAAAUUCAAAUUAAAAGACAUCGGUUGAAAGUAUAACAGAAUUAUGGACUGAUUCGUUGAUUGGUCAAUAGGCAGAUUCUAUAUUUUCUGCUGAGAAAUUAUUUUUCUCCAGAGAAAAUUGAAGAAAGUUAAGGAAAUAUAUAUAUAUAUAUAUAUAUAUGUAGACCUGCGCAUUUGUAUAAAUGAAGCGAGAAUUCAUGAUGAUAUUUUUCCUAACUAGCGCUUAAAGGAAGAAACAAUUGCUAUAUACGACUGACGUAAAGAAAAUGCGAUGAAGACAUUCCUAAUGCCGCAUUAAAGUGACCACUUUAGGAUCUCUGUGUGUGUGCUUGCUUGCGCGUGCGUAUUUGUGUGUGCGUAUGUAUAUGUAUGGAUAUGGUAGCUGCGUGUUAUGUAUACUCACGCGUGUAUCAUCAUUGUUUUUCAACGAUUAGGUCCCGAGAGAAUCGUUCUGUAUCUUUUCAUUUAGUGUUCGUUCUCCAAAGCAACAAAGCUAUUUUAUUUCUUCGAGUAUUGCUCAAAGCAAAUUGUUUCAGUAGGAUUAGAAAAAUUUCUUGAUCGUGAGGAUCUUAACGUGCAAGGAUAUGUAUUUUACCGUGCAACAUCUUUUUGCUAUGAGAUCAUAUUUGGUUUUUUUUUAAUCGAUCUCCGUGGUUAUGACAACACGUAUAUUGUGUCUUACGAAAGACGUUAUUAUGAUACAUUCCUGUAUAGUGUAUACAAAUUGAUUCACUUUUUUUUUCUUCUUUAAAAUAAAGGAAAGAUAUAUAUUUUUUUUUUUUUUUUAGCAUAUAUACCGAAUUUUUAAACAUAUAUUUUAUGUUAAAAUACUUUAGGGAUAAUCCUUUCAUUCACGUGAUCAAGUAAUAUAGAAUACCAAUUAAAAUUAUAUGUAAUAGUUUGAAUGUAAGAAUUUUGGUAUGGCUAAAAUGAAUAUUUUAUUCGGUGGAUUUUCUACGUAUAGUUGUAUUUUAAUAGCGUUUAAAAUAUACAGUAUCUUUUUAAUUAAUAAAAAGAAUACUGAAAAUAAUACUUUAAAUAAUUGUUAUUACGAAGUUGUUAAUUAAUUCUGUCCAUUUUCGUGAGAAAAUGGGAAAAAAUGCAUGUUGGAAGAGUACACAUUCUAUAUAUUGAUGGACUAUUUACCCAUUUGUGUUCCAUCGACAAGGAAACAUUGUCGAAGAAGACUUCUAUUAAACGUUUUUUUUUUCCAACACUAUAUACUUUUUCAUUACGUUUCAUUAAUCAAUAUCUAUGUCUACGACUUUAUAAGCGUUAAACAAUUUGUACCAUAUGCAUGUAUUUCCUAUUGGAAAAUAAGAACGAAUUUUAAACACAGAAAGCCGAAUUUUAACGGUACUAUUUUAUUUUAGGCGAUUAAUAAGCGAUUAAAUGAGAGAAUUAAAGAUUGACAAAUUAAUGAAUAAUGUUUUAUACGACUUUACAAUUUAUACUUAUCUACUUUCAGUGAUAUUGUAUGAAAUGAAAUAUUCGUAUAAUAAGCACACCUAUUGUUGUUCAUUCCAUUCAACGUUUAUUUAAUCUUGCUUACAAGAUUCUUGUUUUGAAUUUUUCCCUUGACAAAAGCAUGGAAUAUUUUUAAUUAUUUCUGCCUCGAUUUUAAUCUUGUAUUCAAUUUUUAUUUGCUAGAUAAGCGUAAGAUAUAGGCUGCCACAUACAAUGCAAUGCUUUUUUCUUGAUCUUCAAAGUUUCACAGAAACUUAACUAUUAAUUAUUACUACUAAAUAAAUGUAAAAGACGUUGAUAGAUAUAUUGAGAAUAUAUAUAUAUAUACUAUACGCAUAUAACGUUAUAUGCUUCUCUUUUAGUAGUAUUAUUAUAGUAGUAUUUAAAAAAAUAAAAGUUUCCUACUAUUUAAAAA